UUCAGCAACCGGCUGGGUUCGGGCUCGCGCCCGGCCCUGGUGGUGAUCGACUUCUGCCAGGCUUACCUGGAUCCGACGUCGCCGCUGUACGCCGGGGUCGAGGACGCCCGAGCAGCGUGCCAGCGGGUGCUGGAUGCGGCCCGGGCGGCCGACAUCCCGGUCCUGCACACCAGGGUGGAGUUCCAGCCGGGCGGCGCCGACGGCGGGGUCUUCUUCCGCAAGGUCGGCGCGUUGGAGUGCUUCGUGCGGGGGAACCCGCUGGGCGCCUACGGCGAAGGGCUGGCGCCGACCGGCGACGAGGUCGUCGUGGUCAAGCAGUACGCCUCGGGUUUCUUCGGAACGUCUCUGGCCUCGACGCUCACGUCGAUGGGCGUCGACACGCUGAUCCACACCGGCGUCUCCACCAGCGGCUGCGUUCGGGCCACCGCGGUGGAUGCCUGUCAGCACGGCUUCGUUCCCGUAGUCGUGCGCGAUGCCUGCGGCGAUCGCAACCCGCAGGUCCACGAGGCCAACCUGUUCGAUCUCGACGCCAAGUACGCCGACGUGGUCUCCGAGCAGGAGGUGCUCGACUACUUGUCGUCCACCCGAUGA